GCGCGAGGCCAUGCUCGAGUGGCUUCUCUACCAGAAACACAGCAAAGAGGUCUUUGGGGAGCAGAUCCAGCCCCCCCGGGGCCCCAUGGAGUCCGAGUCCGUCAUGCACCGGGACUUCUGCCGGAAGGACUUUGUCUCCGUGCCCCCGGCCCCCACCAAGCCUCACGACUACCGCCUGGAGCAGCCGCAGACCUUCUGGGUGGAGCACGCCAAGCAGGUGCCGGGCGUCUCCUGCAUCCGGACAGUGGACUCCCCGUUCAGGAAGUGCGCAGCCUUCACCACCCCGGUCCGGGAGUACCUGGAGCAGCCCUACAACCAGGAGACCUACCCAGAGUUCUAGCCCCAUUAAAGGGGCACAGCCCCCUUCCCACCACA